AUGAGUGAAGGAGGGCCAAUAUUCGACUUCUGUGAGGGCACUGGGACUGCAUUAAAGGAAUUCCCUUUCUACAAUACAAAUAAGCGUGGCUCCAAUGCAAAAAUUUUCGAGGCGUCCAUCGAGCCUCUACAUCGUCUAGCCUACGGUCGUGCAGGGCAAGCGGGUACGCGUCGCCACGCCCUCGAGGACUUUAAAGGAUUUCCCGUCUCUAUGCGUGAGGGGAUUCAUGCGAAGCUUACUAAGCUCACUAAAGACAAGCUUCGUGCGUUGAUCAAGGCACUUGAGAUGCCCGUAAAGGUCUCGCAGCCGCACGCAAGUGUCGUGGCAGGUGUAGAAAACUUUCUGAUGCACCCAGUGCCCACAGGGAAGUCAAUGGCAGGGGUGCGCCCUACGAAGGCAUCAGCACAGGGUUCAACGCGCAGGGCGCCGAAAGAGGCCGUUUCAAAACCUGUUGCAAAGGAAGAGGAGGGGGUGUCAACCGAGCGCGAGACGCACUCAGAUCCUCCAGCGAAGCGAGCAAGAACAGAGAUUAGCGAAGGCCAAAUUCCUAAUAGACAAAAGUCGCCGUCUAGAAGCUCCCCUUCAACAUUACCAUCCGAGGAUGCCGUGCGUGUUCAGGUAUUUCGACGAGUGCUUGCUAUGUCGCCAGCACAACGCUCCAAUCUUGGCGUGAAGGCGCUACGCACCGAGCUCGAGGCUUUCUUCAAGAUGCCGGCGGGGGAGCUGAAGCGAUUCAAGGAUGCCAUUGCCCAGACGGCAUCGGACUGCGUGAAGGCCCUCAUGGAGGCGGAGGGCAGGACCGUGGAAAAGGCUGCUACUGCAGGAGAUUUCCCUCAUCCUAAUUCACAUGGGCAAGGGGGCGUCACGCAUGCAUCGCCAGCUGCAGGGGCUCCACCAGAAAAAGUCCAUCCCCCCGCACUUUAA